AGUUGUGCUUCGUCUGUGGCGAAUUCAUAAUUUUGUGGCCCUCCAGUGAUCCCGAAGCCUUAAACUGGCGCUCAAAGUCCGGAAGCAUCUUUCCUCUUACUCGCCAACGCUGCUGAGUGCCGCGUUCACCAGCCUGAACAGCGUCUACCACAGUAGCAGCGACACCGCUCCUGACGAGGAACCGGACCAGCCGCCAGUCCAUCACCAGGGACACCCACAUCGCCAGCGAGUGCAUAGCCAUAGUCAGAGUCACCGGGAUCGCAGCCACAGCCAGAACAGUAGGGUAGGAGAGAUGGGCGGGCCCACAGCGCCCGUGGCCAGCAGCGAAGGCCAGACGUACUGCCUGCGUUGGAACAACCACCAGACUAACCUGGUGCAGAUCCUGCACGCUCUGCACGAGGUCGGCAGCUAUGUCGACUGCACCCUAGUCGUUGACGAUGAGCAGUUCAAGGCACACCGUGUGGUGCUGGCGGCCAACUCGCCGUAUUUCCAGCACAUCCUGCAGGACGUGCAACAGGACCAGUGCAGCAUAAUACUGCCGGGCGUGAGGGGCUUUGAGAUCGCGGCCUUGCUUCAGUACAUGUACACAGGUGAGACCACGGUGACCAAGAGCCAGGAGCCGGAGAUCCUGCGCACUGCCAAGGAGCUGCAGGUGAAGGGGCUCUACGACAAUCUGAUGAAGUAUAACCACAAGGCGGCCAGCGCAGCGGAGGAGCGUGUCCAGAGCCAGUUCCAUGCCAGCAUCACGCCCACCUCCAGCUCCGGAUUGGGCGCUGGCUCUGGCAAGCCCCUCAACGGGUCCUCUGCCGACGGUUCCUACGGCCAGCAGCACCACAACUCCUCCUCCGUGAUCUCAACGUCCACGCACAUCUCGCCCAGCGCCGCCAUCUCGAGCAGCUGCUCCCCACCGCCCCCGCCAUUCGGAGCUUACCAGCCGCCGUACACAAACUUCCCGCCUGGAUCGGGAGCUAUCAAUCCACAUCCCCAUAUCCCAGCCGCAGAGACGCCCCUGACGCCCACCCAUUCCGCUUCGCACGCCGUAGCCGGUGAGGCUGGACAGUGGCCCCUCUCGCCCUCUGCUGCCGCUGCCGCCAUGCUGAACUCCGUGUAUGAGUCCGCGGCCGACAUGAAUCCGCUCAAGCGCAAGAAGCUCUCGGCCAUCUCAAGCAUGCUACUCAAUAGUACCCGGGACACACCCAUUCUGCGCAACGUGCUGGCCCAAGCAAACCCAGCUGACUCCUCACAGCCCAAUCCUCAGCUGCUGAAGAGCUCCUCCACAUCCUCCCUAAAUGAGAAGACUCCCACCCAUCAGCACCAGCACACGCACCAGCACCACAGCGGAGGUGGAGUCGGCGUCGGUGUUAGCGGCGGUACCGGGAGCCACAGCUUCAACGGCUCGGAUUACGGCGGUGACAAGGAGCCCCUAUCGCCGCACACUGACCGUUCCUUUGAUGAGGAGACCAGCGGGCCGGGUGGCAAGAAGCCGGAGUGGAAGCGUUAUAAGCAAUACACCCGGGCGGACAUGAUGUGUGCCAUUCAGGCCGUUCGGGAAGGCAUGAGCGCCCUCCAGGCGAGCCGCAAGUACGGACUACCCAGCCGCACCCUCUACGACAAGGUUCGCAAGCUGAACAUCACCACAGGCCGUGGCACACACCGUACUCCCAAGCGUAGCCCACCAGGGGUGGAGUCUUCUGCCGCCUUUCCCUACUCUGCGGCAGCCGCUGCUGCAGCUGUCCACAACUACGGACAUGUCCAUGGGCAUGGCCAGACGGAUCUAGAGCGUGAGGCAAAGGAGCAUGGCCAACAUAGUGGCCAUGGAGGCGGCCACCACGGCAUGCCACCAACCAUUCCCCACUCGGCAGCCGCCCUUCUUGAUCACGCCUUUCUACAGCAGGCCCUAGAGAACCGAGGCGGGGAUAUGGCCGGACGUGAAGCACUCCACGCCAUGGCCCUGGCAGCGGCAGCCCACGCAGCUGCCAACCGAAUGUCUAGCAGCCCCCAAGAGUCGGGGUCCAAUGGACACGCUGCCAGAUCUCCAAGUCCGAGGGCUCGUCACUACUCUGAGCACGAGGCCAUGGAGAUAGAGAUGGAGAAGCACGAACAACGCCUGAUCAAGAGGGAGCGUGACCAGGAUGAGCGCGAUGACGCUGACGAUGAAGAUGAUCAUGACCAGGAGCAGGAUCAGGAUCAGGAUCAUGAUCACGACCAUGUGGAAGAUCUCUCGCUGGCACGCAAAGAACGCCCCGAGUCGCCCUACUCUCCUCAGCCCCCACGGCCCUCGUCGCCGGUCGAGAGCGCCAGUGUUAUCAUGCACUCCAAUAGCGCCUCCACCAAUGGAAAGGACCCCGAGGAUUAUCCCCACUCACCACCGCCCGUAGCCCUGGGUCUGGGCCUGAAGCGGGAGCUACUUGGCGGAGAGGAUUCUCAGGCCAGAACUGACUGAUUGACGCUUACUAUGGCCUGGCAGUACGCGGCGGACAGCUACGAUUCCAUAUGCUAGGCCAGCUAGGCCAGAUCCACGAUCCCAGUACACCGACCCAAUGUUACCCUCCCCCUUGUGUUAUUAUUUUCUUUUCGGCGUACAACGUGCGACUAAACUGUUGUUUUCUCAAUGGCAUCGAUAUCGAUCAGCGAUCAGUCGAUCUGCGUUGGUGAAGCUUUAAACGAGAACCCCUCAUCCCAGUCGAGGCGGGUGCACACCAGCAUCUGCACUUUAGGAGGAAAUCAAAUCAAAUCCACAAUUUAAAAUAAAAUAAAUUGUUGUCAGCAUCACUUUGUGCCUAAUACAGAAACGUUAGCUUAGAAUAGGAUAUGCAUAGGUUACACACAUACACACAAAAACAUU